GUCUGUCUACUUUUUCCUGUGUUGUGAGUGAAAAAGUGAUAAAAGGAAAACUGAAAAUUAGGAUACAAAAAUUGUACAGAUAAUGGAAAGUAAAGUUAAUAGUUGACCAGAAAAAACGAAAACAGGGGAAUUCGUAACGUAAUAAAAAUGACCAAAUAUUUACACAGAUUCAAAAUAUCCUGAAGUUUCUAUUUUUAUUUUUGAGUCACACCACUUACUCUGAUGUAAAUAAACUUUCUACUAUGGACGUUAUAUUCCACGAAAAGCAAGAAGGCUCCCUUUGCGCCCAACACUGUCUGAAUUCUCUUCUGCAAGGGCCCUAUUUCACAGCCGUCGAAUUGAGUACGUUGGCCCAAACGUUGGAUGAAGAGGAGAGAAAGAGGAUGGCAGAGUGCGGAGAAGAGAGCGAAGAGUACCACAAAUUCCUGCAGCAACCUUCGGGUAACAUGGACGAUAGCGGUUACUUCUCGGUACAAGUUAUCAGUAGUGCUCUGCAAGUUUGGGGUUUAGAAUUAGUGCCUUAUUCCAGUACUGACGCAAGACUUCUUAGUGAUCCCAGUGACAUGACUGCUUUCAUUUGCAAUUUCAAAGAUCACUGGUUUACUGUUAGAAAGAUAGGUAGACAAUGGUUCAAUCUGAAUUCCCUCUUGUCGAAACCCGAACUGAUAUCCGAUACUUACUUGGUGCUGUUUUUGGCUCAACUCAAAAACGACGGCUAUUCGAUAUUCGCCGUGCUAGGGGAUCUACCGGAAUGUACGGCUGAUGAGAUUUUAAGGAAUCAGCCGGUUUACGCCGUACCGAGACCGGUUUUAAUGAGCAAUUUGUCUACAGAAGAUCCAGAAUUACAGGCAGCUUUACAGUUAAGCCUGGCAAACGAGACGGACUUCUUGCCCAGGGAAACUGAAGAUCCGGAUUUACAGGAGGCUUUGAGGUUGAGUAUGCAGCAAAAUUUCCACAGCAGUCCUGAGGAGGACGACGAAGAGAGCCUGCUGCAAAAAGCCAUUAAUAUGAGUUUGCAAUGUUGAAACAUAUCUAAUUGCAAAUCAUGUUGUUAACUGUGGCUUUAGUUCAAUUUAAAAUAGUUAAAAUUUGUGUAUAAUUUUCAAUAAGUAACAUUGCCACAUAAUUUUACUCAUGAUUGUACCUAUUACACAGUUUAUUUUUCCUGUCCAGUUAUAAGUUUUCUUCACGCUGUUGAGUGGCAGAUGAAACAUAUAGGAAACAAAAUGUACUGUUUGCAGAUUUAUGAUUAUAGUGAUUUAAAAAAAAUGUUGUACAAAGUCAAAUAAUUAAUAAGCACUUUUUGAAUACAGUUGUUUUGUGCCUGCACCACAAAUGUAAAUUUUAUAUGUUAUUUUGUUAGAAAACAUUUUUAAGUUGUUAUUGUAAUUAUUUAUCUUUGUAUUACAUGAGAAUAUUGCAAAACUGUCACUUAAUUUUUUUGUGGAAAAAUUAAUGUAUUGAUAGCCUCAAAAAUUUCAUUGGUUGGAAGAACUUGUGCCAUUUUUAAAUUUAACAGUAUUAUAAUAUCCCAUAUUUUCGAAGAGUUUACCAUUACCAGUUUAUUGAGCUUGAAUUAUAUACUUUGUUUGAUAGCCUUGCAAUAAUUUUGUUUAAUUGCAAUAUUUGUGUAUUUUUUUUGUUUUGUUAAUUCUUGUUAUAAGUUAAUUUAUUCUUUAGGUAUAUUAUCGUACAAAUAAUGCUAUUGCAUAUGGACAAAAAUAUUUUUGCUUAUGCACGAAUUUUCUUUAUUUGUGAAUAACUUUAACAUCUAGUAUUUUCUACGGGGUUUUCUUCCAUAAUAUUCUGGAAAUUUAGAGUGAAAUAAUACUCAAUUUUUCAUAAACUUGAUAGGAAAAGCCCUGUAAAUUUAUCGUUGCAUUUGAUAUUACUUACUUAGUUUUUAAAUAUGUCUGAAGUUUUAAUUUUGAAUACAUUUUUGUUUAUAAUUUUCAGUUUCAAGAAAUUGUGCAUUAUGUUUCGAAAUUUCUAGAUAAUUGACUAAUUUAUUAACA